AAAGAAAACCUGAGAAGAGAGUAGAUUUCAUGUGUUGCUGUUUUACUUUCACUGGUCGAAUUGCACGGUGAAUUUGUGACCACCGGUUUGCAAAAUUAUUCCAUUUUGCUCUCUUUUAGGUAGUACGUACAAGUUCACAAAUCUGGUGAAGAUUUAUAUAUUCAAUCAGCCUGAAUUACCACCAUGGACUUACGAAUGAAAAAAAAGUUGGCGAGGAAUGAGGCAGUUGUGUUGGACGAGAUUAGUUGUUACAAUUGCUCAAGGAAAGGUCACCUUAUCGACGAUUGUACUUUCUAUGACCAGCCUACUGUCUCUAAUAGUACUCUAAACGAUGUUGUCUUGAGGUCAACCAGGAUUGCGCUUCAAGCGUCUGCCUGCACCCUCUUCGGAAUGAUUUACCUUCUCAUGAAAACGCAUCGGGUGGAGUCGACCACGAUUCUAAAGUACUGCUAUGUCUCCAGCUCGAUCGGACUCUCUAUUUAUGUGGGACAUGCAGGAUGGAGAAAUUUGAAAGAAUUCGGAUACACUCAGACCAUUUACACAUUUGUGACGGAAAACAGAGAAAAGUUUCAGGUGACGAUGUACUAUUUGCUCGGCACUUUCGUCCUGGCACCAAUUUUCCGAACCCUGACCGCCACCGUGAGUUCGGACACUGUUCAGGCCGUUUCCACGGUACUGUUGGUUCUUCACUUGAUGACGAAUGAUUUUGGAGUGAGAGGAUUCUUCGUCUCGCCAACCUUGUCUGUUUGUGCGGCACUCUUUGCAGCCAUCACGUUGUCGUCACGACUGCCCACAAAUACAGAUACGAUCGCCCUCACGACCCUUGGAGUCGAGCUGUUCCUUCUCUUCCCAAUUUUCUCCUCUUUUAUUUGGGAUUCGUACUGGUAUUUGGCCGUGGUCAUUCUGGGGGUGGCGUCCGUCUGCCUGUACACCUCUUUAAUCUUCAUCUGGGUUUACACGGGAACAAUGAUCUGCAUCACACUCGUUCUUCCAUUGACAUUUUGGCUAUCUAAAAAAUUUAAGUAUCAACGACACGGUCCCUGGGAUGAAGCAGUUAUUAAGAAAUAUUAAAGUAAAUGUAACUAAUAAUGCUGCAAAAAUCUUGUGAUCUCGAAUUCUUGUCUAAUAAGGACUUGUGAUAUAGUAUUAUACAAAUUCAGCUUAAUAUAUAAAUUUGUUGUGCAAUAAUGCAACCCACAUAACUUUGUAUGAAAUGAACCUUCAUAAAAAUAAAAGCACUACUUUUAAUAUAACGUCA